AUGAGCGCCCUUGGCGACUUGGUCACGGAGACGCACGCCGUUCUCCUCGAUAACUAUGUCUUCUUGCGGUUCCUAGUUGGGGCCGAAAGGUUGCGCGAGCCUGUGGUUCGCACAACGAUCGGCAUCAACUCUGAGCUAUGGAACGAGCGUAUUAGAGGCAUUUCUCAUUUAGAUAUUUCUCAAACCGUGACUCGUAUUUGGAGUUACUGCACCAACUGGCCCUCCGGGGGACCCCAGCGAGAGCCAGAUGACAUUUACCAUGGUGUGCCAUUUAUCAAAGUCGCUGAAGGCUACAUUGAUAACUCCCUCGAUAUCUGUGACGAUGAUGAUGCUAGAUGGUUCCACUGUAUGGACCUGUACGGGAUCAGUAGCGAGUUGCAACAAGCGAUCAUGGAUCCAAAAUUUCGCCAUAUCCGCUUAACUAAAUCUAGAAAGUUCUGGGCUCAGAAUACUUCCAAGUUGCGAUAUAGGGGCCUUCAAGCAGUAUAA